AUGACAUCUCGAGUACGCCUGUUAUUCCUGGCGUGCGUUGGGAUAGCCAUCGUGAUUCUCCUAGUGUACGCACAGACCGUCGUUGCACAAGGCGACGAAACCAACGCUGACUUCGCGCAGCAAGAAGCGCCUGAGUCCGAGAAGGACCAGCACCUGCUGCGCCUGGUGGUCAUCCUCCUUCCAGCCAUGUUCGUGUUGUGGUUCAUCCUGUGCAUCAUCUUAGCGUACAUCUACAUUUGUGUGUGCUCCAGCUAUUACACCAAGUAG